UACAGUCUCAGCGUUGUCGUGCCAGGACCGCCAUCAUCGGACCGGGAGGUCUAUACGACUUAUGGAAUGAAGCAGCAGCAGCACUAUUCCUUGGAGAGCGCUAUUCCGUUCCGCAUAGACCCUGUCGAGGGGGCGAUCUACACGACCGGGCCGUUGGAUCGAGAGCAGCGCGGCGAGUGGACGUUGGAGGUCAAGGCUGAGGAUAACGGCAGAUUUGAGAGGCGCAGCAACUCCACAAGGCUAAUCGUAGUCGUGGGAGACCGAAACGAUAACGAACCAGUGAUAUUGAACGAUCUCUACGAUGUUUUCAUACCUCAAGGACUUCAAAAAGGCGACUUGGUGCAUUGCGUGCGAGCCGCUGACGCGGACCAAAACGACACGCUCACGCUUGCGAUUGCGCCGGCGGUCGCGGGCGACAGUGAUCCUGACGAGUCGUCCGGUUUCUUCCGUAUCGACCAGCGAAACGGAGCCAUUUUGGCGGCGCGGAGUCUUGAAGCGAAAGAUUUCUAUCGGGUUACGGUAACGGUAGCAGAUGGCGGAGGUCAUAGUAGCGCCGCUACAUUUAACUUUUACGUGGGUGGCGGCCACGGGAAAUUUGGAAAAAAUUUCCCACGUUUUGAGAAACCAACCCGAAGCGAGUUCGUCGUGAAAGAAGGCGCAUCUAGCAACCCAAUAACGACGUUUCGUGCCGCUCCUCCAGGGCGACAGUUCAUCACGAAAACCAAAGACGACGACUACAAUUCAUCACACCGCGACGACAAUUCAUCACAAGAUGACGUCAUUCGCUAUGCUAUCGCUUGCGGUGACCGCUGGGGAGCGUUCCGCAUCCAUCCGUCCAACGGACAACUCUACGCAACUGCUAAACUCGAUUACGAGCUGCAGAAUCGCUUUGAUCUCGUCAUUUCGGCCAGAUUCAUCACACCGCCAACGGAUUCAUCACAAGCCAAUGGCUACCAUCCGCAAGCGGGCCCCAUUGGCGGCUCCAGUCUGCCUCCGCUAUUUGCGUACACCCAAGUUACGAUUCUUGUUGAGGAUUUGAAUGAUAAUGCACCAAUAUUUGACCAAGUACGUCGUAUUUUCCUUCAUUUUGCUACUGUUUGA